AUGAAGGAGACAGGAGGAGACAGAAGGAGACAGAGAAAGAGACAAACUAAGCAGCUACACCCUGCAGCUAUCUACAGGCUUUACAAGCGGAGGCUUCUCUUUUUAAAACAGCAGCAGCAGCAGCAGAAACAGCACCAGCAGCAGCACCAGCACCAGCAGCAUCAGCAUCAGCAGCACCAGCAGCAGCACCAGAAGCAUCAGCAUCCGCAACAGCAGCAGCAGCAGCAUGCUGCAGCUGCUGCAGGUCUCAUCACCCCAGCAGCACGUAUUAUCACAAGGCUCAACACUCUGCGACAACAGCAGCAACAGCAGCAGCAGCAGCAGACGAUGGCGCUUACGUCUGCGGUGGGCGCAGCAGGGGCUGCGGGAGCAGCAGCACCGGAUGCAGCCGCAGCAGCAUCAGGAGCAGCAGCAGCAGCAGUAGCAGCAGCAGCACCAGCAGCAGCAGCAGCGGUUGCUUCCUCCCUAGUGAGUAGACCUGCUGCUGGAUUAGGGGGCCCCCCCUUAGCUGGCCGCUUGUCUCUUCAUCCCGCAGUUGCGGUGUCUCCGGAGACAGUUGUUUGUUUGUCUCUUCAGCUAGAAGGGCGUCCUUGCAAUGCAGCAGCAGCAGGAACAGCAGCAGCAGCAGCAGGAGCAGCAGCAGGAACAGCAGCAGCAGGAGGAGCAGCAGGUGGCGUUGGGGCUGGAUAUACCGCAGGGUUUUGCUGCGAGCGUGUGGUGGUGCCUGAUGCUGCUGUGCUGCUGCAGCAGGUGCUGCUGCUGGGCUCAGGAGAGCAGCUACACCCUCUGCUGCGGCUUCCUGCUGCUGUCUCUAUUCCUUCUCCUAGAGCAGCAAAGUUGCGUGUCUUCGUCCGUGUGCUGCAGCAAGAGUCUCCUCCUGUCUUUAUGGAGUUGCAGCAGCGGCUGCCUCCCGGCUGCGCUGCUGCAGCAGCAGCCCAACACGACCAGCAGCAGCAGCAGCAGCAGCAGCAGCAGCAGGAAUGGGUCUCCUUUAUGCCUCCUGAAGGUGUCAAAGCUCCUCUUUUUGUUGAUGAGUUUGUCUUUGCGGGGUUCUUCUCAAAACUAUCUGCUGCUGUCAUCGGCACAGGCCUUCCUAAACCCCACAGCCUCACCACAACGCGAGCAGUGCCGGGGGCAGCUGACUUCCGCGGCUUUCAGGAGACAGUUGCUGCUGAUAUUCUGCCGCCAGCAGCAGCAGCUGCUGCUGUUGCUGCUGCUGCUACUAAAGGAGAAGGAGCAUCAGAUGCUGCAGCAUCAGCAGGAGACAAAGAGACACUGCUGCUGCCGCGCUUCAUGCCGCUGCCUCGCCUUCCUACUGCAGCAGAUGUCCUGUUUGGCGUAGGGCCCGCAGCAGCAACAGCUGCAGCAGCAGCAGCAGCAACAGCAGCAGCGCCGGAAGAGGAGACAGCUUAUUCUGCAGCGCAGCAGCAGCAGCAGCAGCAGCAACUCGUCGAGGAAAGAGGAGACACUAUGACAGCGAAAGCCAGGGAGAAAACUCGCUGUCACCUGCAGCAGAAGCAGCAGAAGCAGCAGAAGCAGCAGAAGCAGCAGACGCAGCAGAAGAGGAAGCAGAAGAUGCCGCAGCAGAUGCACAUACACCUGAAGCAGCAGGGGAAUAUCCCGAUGACGAAGCAGCAGCAGCAGCAGCAGCAGCAGAAGCUGCAGCAGCAGCAGCUGCAGCUGCAGCAGCUAGGGGCUGAACAGGAGACAGCGGGAAGCGGCGAGACCGACGCGUUAUUCCUUACGGAGGGCAUCCACAGCAGCUGCAGCAACCGCAGCAGCAGCAGCAGCAGCAGCAGCAACAGCAGCAGCAGCAACAGCAGCAGCAACAGCAGCAGCAGCGACAGCAGCAGCAGCAAGGGAGGCGUAUCGUUGUUGCAUAUGUUUAAGGAGGCCCUUGCUGCAGACCCUUACUUAGCUAGGAUUGCGCUCAAGAGACUUGUGGGGUGUUUGGUGCUGCGGGUAGAGGCCUGGCGCUGCUUCGCAGCAGCACGCAGCUGCUGCAGCAAGCUGCUGCCACUGACGCCUCCUGCUGCAUCAGCUGCAGCAGCAGCAGCAGGCAAGCUGGAGGCUAUAAAGAAGGAGACAGAAGGUGAUAUGCAGAUGGAGACUGACCAUCUUGAUCCUCUUGCUGCCUUAUCUUUUGCUGCUGUUAAGUCGAGCCGCACCACAGCAGCAGCAGCAACAGCAGCAGCAGCGGGUGGCACGGAUCCCGAGGACUUGCAGCAGCUGCUGCUUGAUGGAGAAGGCCGAGUUGCUGCUGCUGCAGAUGCCCUAGAGCGCUGUCUCCUGCUGCUGCAGGAAGUGUCUCUGCCCCCUCUCAGUGCUGCUUCUCGUGUCGAUGAUGCUUUGGAGGUAGGCGCAGCAGCAGCAGCAGCAGCAGCAACAACAACAACAACAGCGGCAGCAGCAAAAGCAGCAAGAAACAGCAGUAGCAGGCACAGCAGCAGUAUAAACAGCAGCAACAACAGCAGCAGCAGCAGCAGUGACAGCAUAUUGACAAGAACCGCAAGGAGGAGACUGGAGGCUCUGCCAGGGCCUCAAGCAGCAGACCUGCGGCUGCUUGCUGCUGUGCGGCUGCUGCUGCAAACUGUCUCCUGCUGCAGCAACGGGGUCCCCUUGUUGCUGCAGCCACACGGAGACAUGCUGCUACAGCAGCUGCUGCUAGAUCUAGAUACCUGCAGCUGUCUUCUGCUGCACCGACACGCAGUGUUAGAUGGGCAGCUACCUGCUGCUGUUGCUGCAGCGGUGCAGCAGCAGCUGCAGCAGCAGCAGCAGCACCAAGGCGGGGGCGGCGCUUUGGGGCUCCGCAACAGCAAGAUCUGCACCUUCAGCAGCAGCAGCAGCAGGCGGGUGUCUCUUGUUGCUCCUUGGCUGGAGGCUUUGGGCAGCGCUGCAGCAAAAGGAGACACAUCAAAGGAGGAGACAGUUUGUGCUGCAGCCUGCAGCAGCGGGAGUCUGUGCGGCUCGUGCGUUGGCUGCAGCAGGAAGCUGCUGUCUUCUUGUUUGUUAGGGACUCUGCUGCAGGGGCGUUACGGUCCUUCAAGGCCCUGGGCCUCCCACCCAGCAGCAGCAGCAGCAGCAGCAGCAGCAGCAGCGCGGAAGUUCACGCACAAGCCCUUGCUGCUCUCGCAGCCCUUGGAGACACUCCUGCACUUAGCCUUCAAGGCCCUGGGCCUCCCACCCAGCAGCAGCAGCAGCAGCAGCAGCAGCAGCAGCGCGGAAGUUCACGCACAAGCCCUUGCUGCUCUCGCAGCCCUUGGAGACACUCCUGCAGGAGCUGCUGCUGUUGCGGAGACUCUCGCUCACUGCCACCUGCAGGGGCGUGUUGUUUUCUUGUUAGCUUCGCUGCUAGCUCGUGGUUCGGCUGCAGCAGCAGAUGGAGAAGCCGGAUGCAGCAUCGGGGGCUCGCUGGAGGUGCUGGGUUGUUUGCUGCUGCUGCUGCUGCUGCUGGCGGAAGAUGAAGUUGUGGGGGGCCCCUUCUUAUGGCAGUGGGGGGCCCCCCUUCUGUGCUGCUUAGAGGAGAUAGUGUCUCCUUUGCAGCAGCCAGCUGUCUCCUCAGCCCCUCAAGGAGACACAGCAGGCGGCGGCUCGGCUGCUGCAGCAGCUUCAUCGGAGCCAGCAGCGGCAACAGCAGCAGCAGCAGCAGCUGCUGCUGCUGCUGCUGCUGUUGCGGAUUCUGCAGCCGAGACGCUUCUUGUUAAUACACCCAAAUGGACCUUUUCGGCGGCAGCAGCAAGGCCUCAUCACAGCAGCAGCAGCAGCAACAGCAACAGCAGCAGCAGCAGCAGCAGCAGCAGCGGCAGCAACAGUGGGGGGAUUGGCGAUCUAUCUUGCCUUCCAGGGUCCUCCUGGCGCCUACCUCCUUCAGCAGAGGAGACAGUUGGUGUUAAGUUUGCUGCACGUUUGCUGCUGCUGCUGGUGCGUCGUUGCCCGCAGCUGCUGCUGGCGGGAGAUCACCUUACGGAGGAGCAGCAGGACACUGCAGCAGCAGAAGCAGAAGCAGCAGCAACAGCAGCAGCAGCAGCAGCAGUAGAGGAUGAAGGGGAGCAGCCUAUGGAGGACACCGCAGACAAUGAAGGCUUGCUGCCUUGGGAGCGACAGCUGGUUGCGCAGCCAGCAGCAGCUGCAGCAUACUUGAACGGCAGCAUCUGCAGCAGCAGCAGCAGCAGCAGCAGGGUGCCUGUGGUUCCCGGGGUGGGUUUCGCUGUAUGUGUGUCUCCUGAGGGCCUCAGCGCAGUUCUCUCUGCGGUUUGCCGCUGCAUUGCAUGCAUAGCCCCUCCUUUUGAGUGGCUCGGGGAGACAGCAGCAGCAGCAGCAGCAGCAGCAGCAGCAACAGGAAGUGGCUUAGCAGGGGAGUAUGGGGUGUCUCCGCAGCUGGCGAAGCUGCUGUCUCUGUGGGUGGAGGCGCGGGAUUGCAGUCUCCCUGUGCUGCAGUCUUUGCUGCAGCUGCUGUUUGCUGCUCUGCAUGUAGUAACACCGUCUCUGACAGAAGACUUAAAGGAGACAGCUGAGGCCCUAAAGGGGGCCCAGGGUCUCCUUUGGGUGGGCCUUAGGAGGUCGCAGCUGCAGCAGAUCUUGCUGCUAGCAGCAGCUGCUCUCCUUUCCGCAGGACAGUGGAUAGGCAGCAGCAGCAGCAGCAGCUGCAGCAGCAGCAAACAGCAGCAGCGGAUCCUGCCCGCACAGCAGCAAUGGGAAACUAUUAAUUGGCUGCAGAGCCUCGAGGGAUUUCGUCAGGAGGCCGUACUGCAGCUACGCUGCUGCUUAUCGUGGGUAUGCAGGGUGCAGCGGCAGGUAUUCUUGCAGCUGAGGGACUCCCAAGCAUUUGUGCUGCAGCAGCUGCUGCAGUGCGGUGUGCUGCUGCCGCAGCUGCAGCAAGCAGCUUUGCUGCUGCUGCAGGCUAUGGGCCCUUGGGCCCCAGGGGCUGUGCUACCAACUGUCUCCUUCUCCUUCCACAUCGUUCCUUCUGUCUCUCGCCCUUCUGUCUGUCCCCCGCGCUCUGUCUCUACUUUAUUAUCGGCGCUGGGGGCUGCAGAUGCUGCUGCUGCUGCAGCGGCACCCACCAGCAGCAGCAGCAGCAGCGGUAGCAGCAACACCACCACCAACAGCACCUCUGCUGCUACAGAGACACAUGUCGUCACGCUCUCAGCAAAGCUGCCGUCCCUUUUGGAGACACUUAGAGCUCCCUAUACACCGCAAAACUGGGCAUUGGAGGAUGAGGAUCUGCUUCCCGAGGAGCCGAUGCCUUUGUUUUUGUUGUGUCGAUUGCGGCUGCCAGCAGCAGCAGCAGCAGCAACAGCAGCAGGAGACAGUCUCCUGGGCCCCGCAGCAGGUCACUUGUCUAUGGGCCCAUCGGAGACAGUUGUAGGAGAUGCAGCAGCAGAUGAUGGCGGGGGAGAUGAAGCAGCAGCAGAUGUCUUGCGGCUAUGGAGACAGGUUCGCAGUGCUUUGUCAGCGCGUCUGCUGCAGCAGCUUGCAGCAGCAGAGACAGAAGCAGCAGCACCCGAACAGGCCUCUGCUGCAGCAGCAGCAACAGGGACAACAACAACAGCAGCGGCAGCACCAACCAGCAGCACCGAAAACCUCUCACCCCUCCUUGCAUUGCGAAUGCACCAGCUGUCUGCUGAGGUGGUGCGGAUGGAGGAGCUUGCUGAAGUGCUGUCUUGGGUGACUCGCUCUUCUCUCUCUGUCUCUACCCCGCUGAGAGCAGCAGCAGCAGCAGCAGCAGUCUCUCUUGCUGCUAAGGGGCUGCCUGUCUACUCUCUCAUCUUUGACUGCCUUGAUGCUCUUCUUGCUGCUGCGCUGCGCUCCCUGAAACACCCACAACAACCUGAACCAGCAGCAGCAGCAGCAGCAGCAGCAGCAGCAGCAGAAGCAGCAGCGGCACCAGCAGCAGCAGCAGAUGCAGACGCAGCAGCAGACACGGCUGCUGCACCAGCCGAUGCGCAGCAAACUGCUGCAGAUGGAGACUCCCUUAACACGGCAGCAGCAACCAACGCCGGUACAGCAGCAACAACUACUUCUGGAGCUCCUGCAGCAGCAGCAGCAGCAGCAACUGCUGCUGCUGCUGCUGAAACGCAGGAACUGCCCACGUACCCUGAUCGACCUGCAUACUCUAGGGCUGCCCGUUCUCUCUUCGCUCUUCAUGGGGGCCGCCUUCUGCGUUUGCUGCAGUUUGUUGAACUAUUGCUGCAGCAGCAUUUGGCUGCUGCUGCUGCGGUGUACAGGCAGCUUGAGCGGGUGCUGGCGCUGCCCUGUCGCCGUCUCCUAGAGGUUUGCCUUGAGCUGCUGCAGGAGGAAGGCCUUGCUGCUCUUGCUGCUGAUGCUGCUGCUGCUGCUGCUGCGGGCGCAGCGGAAACAGCAGAAACAGCAGCAGGAGCAGCAGCAGCAACAGGGGAUGCGCCGCUGCAGCAGCAGAUCGCUAAAGGGCUGCUGCUGUCUGCGUUGCGGCUAACCACGCAAAUUGCUCGGGGCUACCAGUCGCUGGCUGAUGCUGCAGUGCAGCAGCGGGAGGCCAGCAGCAGCAGCAACAACAACAAUGAAAGCAGCAGCAGCAACACCAGUUGGUUUGGCGGGGUGGACAGCAGCAGCAGCAGCAAGAUGAAGAAGAGCCUUGGUUUCCCUCGAUAUGUCUCUAUUCUGAGGCGGCUGUUUGCUGCUGUCUCCUCUUUAGGUAAUAGAGGAGACACCCCAGUUGAUAUUGCUAGACAGUCUUCAUCGGAGGGCCUCGCGUGGCUGGCGGUGGCGCAGCAGCUGCUGCAGCUGGCUAGACACCUCGCAGCAACAGAUCCCUACCCGUUGCAUGCGCUGUUCGCGCUGCUGCUGCAGCAGAAGUUCCCCAUCCCCUGGAAGCUCAAGGAGCCGCAGCAGCAGCCGCAGCAGCAGCAGCGACUACAGGCAGGUCGCCGUGCUGCAGCGCCGUGGGUUGAGGCAGAAGCAACAGACGAAACAGCAGAGUUGUAUGCUGACCUGCAGGACCCCUUAGAGAGCAGCAGCAGCAGCAGCGGCAAAGGGGCUGUCGAUCCAUUUUCAGCAGCAGCCACAGCAGCAGCAGACGCAGCAGAAGAAGAGGAGACAGUGUAUGAGGUUGCAGAGGACCCACGGAAGCUGCUGCUGCGCGAGCUGCAGCGUUGUCUCCUUGCUUUUCUCUCUCAAAGUGAAUUGCUGCUAUCGGCGCAGCAGCGGGGACAGCAGCAAAUGGCUGGCUUGCUGCAGCAGCAGAGUCUGCUGCAGCAGGAGACACGACAGGCUCUCCUCAUCUAUAGAAAUGCCAUACGCCUGGAGCAGCAGCUGCUCGCGCUGCCUGUGGAAGCAGCACCCCUAGUAAUUACUGCUGCUGCUGCUGCUGCUAAUGCUGCUGCUAAUGCUGCUGCUAAUGCUGCUGCUGAUGCUGCUGUUGCUGCUGCUGCUGCUGCUGCUGCUAAUGCUGCAAAGCAGCAGCAGCGUGUUCGCGCUGCAGCGCAGCACUUCGAUGUCUCCUUUUUAGUAGGCCUCCGCAGCAGCAACUACGCUGUCCCUUCUCUUGUCUCCCGGUGUCCCCCCAGAGGAGACACCUGUCUCCCUUGGAUAGAAGACGAAGCACAAGAGACAGUGUUGCAAAUAGCUGCAUAUACACUCGAUGCAGAGACACGUAGAGACUUGCUGUCUCUUGCUGCACCCUUAGAGUUUGUCUGCGGGGUUAGAAAGAGAAUGCCUGAGGAGACAGUACUACCCACUUGGCUCUCAGACCCCUUCGCGCGUCUCCGUGCGGAGACACGUAGAGACUUGCUGUCUCUUGCUGCACCCUUAGAGUUUGUCUGCGGGGUUAGAAAGAGAAUGCCUGAGGAGACAGUACUACCCACUUGGCUCUCAGACCCCUUCGCGCGUCUCCGUGCGGCGAAGGCUGAAGUUGCUGCUCCUGCUGAAGCUGCUCGAAGUGUCUCCUCCUUUGGGGGUCAUGGCAGCAGCCGUCUCCCCUUCUCUAACUGUCUCCUUUUAAACCGUACAGCUGGAGACCCCUUCCGCAGCAGAGCAAAGGGCAGCAGCAGGGCCCCCAGCAAACAUGUUGAUGCCUUUGAAGCAGCUGUCCCUGGAGGUCUCACAAGACUAAACAGGGAGCAGCAGCAGCAGCAGCAACAGCAGCAGCAGCAGCAGCAGUUGCAGCAGCAGCAACAGCAGCAGAUGCAACAGGUGCAGCAGGGCGGGGAACAGCAAAAACUCUCGCCACAGACGCAGCAGCAGCAGCAGCAGGCGCAGCAGCUUCAACAGCAGCAACAACAGCAGCAGCAGCAACAACAGCAGCAGCAACAACAGCAACAACAACAGCAGCAACAACAACAGCACCAGCAGCAGCAGCCAACGGUAGCAAGCGUCCUGCAGCAGCAAGAAGCCCCAGCGAUGCCGACGCCGCCCCCACCACCCCCACCACCCCCGCAACAGCAGCAGACGCAGCAGCAGCAGAUACCGCAGCAGCAGAUGCAGCAGCAACAGAUGCAGCAGCAACAGAUGCAGCAGCAGCAGAUGCAGCAGCAACAGACUCCAACGCCUCCGCACGAGGAGACAUCUGCUCUCUCGCGGGAGCCAGAGCAGCAGCAGCAGUCACUGCAGGCCCAAACCCAGCAGCAGCAGCAGCAGCAGCAGCCGGUGAAGCCUCAUCCGCAGAUCUUGCAUUCGCAGCAGCACUUGCAGCAGCAGCAGCAGCAGCAGCAGCUUCUGCAGCAGCAGCAAGCAGCGCGGCUGCUGCACCAACCCCCCGCAGGCUUUAUGCAUGUCCCCAUGCCUGCUGCUAUCUUAGGCCCUCAGGGGUUGCUGCUGCACCCGGUGCCGGUAGUUGCUGCUCAUCCAUUCUUGCUGCAGCAGCAGCAGCAAGCGCUGCGCAUGCAGCAGCACGCAGCGCAUCCUAUCAUGGUGCCGCUGCAGCCCCAGCCCGUGCAGCAGCAGCUGCCGCAACAAACCAUGCAGCAGCAUCAGCCCGUGCAGAAGCAGCAUGAGCCUCUGCAGCAGCAGCAAACUCCUCCGCAGCAGCAACCGAUGCAGCAGCAACAGCCGGUGCCGCAGCAGCAACCUGUCCAGCAGCAGCAACUGAUGCAGCAGCAGCAACCUCUGCAGCAGCAUCAGCAGCAGCCUAUGCAGCAGCAGCAGCCUAUGCAGCAGCAACAGCAGCAUCUGCAGCAACAGCAGCAGCCUAUGCACCAGCAGCCUAUGCAGCAGCAGCAGCCUAUCCAGCAGCAGCAGCCUAUGCAACAGCCUAUGCAGCAGCAGCAGCCCAUGCAGCAGCAGCAGCCUAUGCAGCAUCAACCUAUGCAACACCAGCCUAUGCAGCAGCAGCAGCAUUUGCAGCAGCAUCAGCAUUUGCAGCAGCAGCAGCAUAUGCAGCAACAGCAGCAGCAUAUGCCGCAGCAGCAGCAGCACAUGCAGCAGCAGCAGCAGCACAUGCAGCAGCAGCAGCAGCAGCUGCAGGCAAAUAGCGAUUUGUCUGUCUGCCCCGGAUGGGCGGAGUUUGUAGAAGACGGACGGAGAGAAGGCCUCGACGUUAACAAACUCAUGGCAGUAAGCAGCAGCAGCAGCAGCAGCAGCAACUGCAGCAGCAGCAACUGCAGCAAGCAGCAGCAGCAGCAGCAGCAACUGCAGCAGCAGCAACUGCAGCAGUCGUAA